AUGGCGACGGUCGAUGUGCACCAACAGCCCUCGCGCAUCACGAUCCAACGUGCUCGUACCACCGGCCCGUCCUCGUCCUCGUCGCAGUCGCAAUCGUUCUGGCGCAAGACCGCGCGAGGUCAACUACAACGCGUCGUACACCAACACUACCUCCGGCCGUUGUCCUCCUUCCCUCCGCUCCCUUCCUCGAUCCCCAACUGGGUCGUGCUCGACACCAACGUCGUCCUGCACCAGUUCGACCUCGUCUCCUCCCCCCAAUUCCCCGCGAUCCUCCUCGUCGCUCAAACCGUGCUCGAUGAAGUCAGGCAUCGUUCCCUGCCUCUCUGGAAUCGGUUGAGGGCUUUGUGCGACGAGAACGCUACCAAAGCGAAUACGUCGGCCGAGCAAGUCAAGAGGGCUUAUACGGUAUGGAACGAGGCCAGCGAGGAACUCUUUCUCGAGACGAAUGGUGCCGAGUCGCCGAAUGAUCGCAAUGAUAGGGGUCAGUCCAGAAAGUAGUCGGGCCACUCCUGUGUCUCUCAUCUGAUCGGAUUCAUCCCGCAGCCAUCCGUCAUUUGGCAAGCUACUACGCGGCGCAUUUGGGCACUCCACUCUCGGCCUCGGACGAACCCUCGUCAUCGAAGCGACAAAAGACCACCACCACAGCCUCAGCCAAAUCAUGCGUAAUCCUCUUGACCGACGACGAAGGCAACAAACAACAAGCCCAAGCGCAGAAGAUUCCGACCAUGACCGUCCGGGAAUACGUCCAUGCCCAACCUCAGCAGGUCCAGGAUGAACUGCUCGAUCUCCUCGCUCAAGCGGGCAUCGAUUCCCAUCGCUCCGCUGGCGGUCACAAGGGGAGGGCAUUGUAUCCCGAGGUGAGCGACGAAGACGAUUAAGCCGAACUUGUAUUCAUCCCGAGACUCAAGUUUCUGCGUCGUCGUCUGCCCACAGUACCUCUUGCCUUCGGUCCUUCAAGCCGGCGUCAAGGCCGGCAAAUUGUUCCAGGGCCAUUUCAAUCCCAACCCGUACAAUUACAAAGAGGUGCGUCCGAGGUGAGCGGUCUAUCCGGAAAGUCGCUUACCAGGACCAUUCUCCUCCCGCGCACAGGCCACGGUCGCAUGCCACGGUCGUACGAAACCGAUCCUCCUCGUCGGCCUCGAGAGCAUGAACCGGUCCGUCGCCGGCGAUGUCAUCGUCGUCGAACUCUUGCCCGAAUCGCAAUGGCAAGGCGCGGCCGUCGAUGUCGUCGAUGCCGAUACCGUAGCCAAAAACGACGAUCCAGAUGCUGAAUCGGCCGAUGGAUCCGAUGAAGAGAUCGAUGGUCAGAGUGAUGAUGACGAGGACUCGACGAAACCUGUGGCGAGAAAGGACGUGCAACCGACCGGUCGUGUCGUCGGGGUCAUGAAGCGCAACUGGAGGACCUACGUCUGCCACCUUGAUCGAUCAUCCCUACCUCCCGCAGCUCUAACCUCGACGACUUCGACCCCGAUCUUUGCCUCCCCCGUCUCGCGCUCGAUCCCUCGCAUUCGUAUCCUAACGCGCCAAGCCGCGCUCUUGUCGACGCAAAAGUUCCUCGUCUCGAUCGAUCGAUGGCCCACGACGUCCAAGUACCCCGAAGGGCAUUUCGUCCGUACGUUGGGUCAAGUUGGGAGUAAGGAGGGUGAACUGGAGUCGUUGUUGGAAGAAUGGGAAGUGCCUUAUCGACCUUUUUCGAACGCGAUCUUGAGUUGUCUUCCUGAAGAAGGGGACAGUUGGGUCGUUCCGCCCAAGGAUGACGACCCCAAGGGGAUCUGGCAAGGUCGAGUCGAUAUGAGGGACGAAAUCGUCUGCUCGAUCGAUCCGCCUGGAUGCCAGGACAUUGACGACGCCUUGCAUGCCAAACGUUUACCGAACGGCAACAUCGAAGCUGGUGUACAUAUCGCCGAUGUCUCGCAUUUCGUCCAUCCCGAUAACCCCAUGGACGCCGAAGCCGCAUCAAGAGGAACAACAGUCUACCUCGUUGAUAAACGAGUCGACAUGUUGCCUGCUCUCCUAGGGACGAACCUGUGUUCGCUUCGACCGUAUGUUGAGAGGUUGGCGUUUUCGGUCAUAUGGGAGAUUGACGACGAGGCGAAUUUGGUCGAUGUGAGGUUCACAAAGACUGUGAUUGCUUCGAAGGAGGCGUUCACGUACGAGGCGGCGCAAAAGAGGAAGGAUAACAAGUACGUUCCAUUGUCGAAGCAGUUGGCUUGAGAUUGGAGGCAAUAACAUGACAAUCGACCCCUCCAGAUCCCUCAACGACCCUCUUACGAAUGGCAUCCGACUUCUCAACUCGAUCGCCAUCAAGUUGCGCGCCAAACGCUUCGAAGCCGGCGCCUUGAACCUCGCUUCCCCCGAAGUCAAGAUUCACAUGGAAUCCGCCGAGUCGUCCGAACCGAUCGACGUCGAACAGAAGGAGAUGUACGAGACGAAUUCGUUGGUCGAGGAGUUCAUGUUGUUGGCCAAUAUCUCCGUCGCGAGGAGGAUUUAUGAACAGUUCCCUCAGACUGCGGUGCUGAGGUGCGUCCCGAGCCUUGUUCGAUGCAGACGGUGGAGUUUGGAAUUGAUGGGAAAUGUGUUCUUUGGAAUCACGCAGGCGGCACGCUCCACCGCCAAAGACAAACUUUGAGGUCCUGCAGGACGUCCUGGCGAAACGAAGGGGGAUGAGUCUCGACGCGUCCAGUUCAGGUGCCCUUGCGAAAUCGCUCGACGAAUGCGUCGUAAGUUCGCCCCCCACCACGCUUCGCCAAAACGCACGAACUGAUCCCCUGGAGUUGGACCCUACUCAGGACCCGGAAUUACCGGCGUUCAACACCCUCGUCCGCAUCAUGGCGACGCGCUGCAUGCUCUCCGCCGAAUACUUCUGUUCCGGAUCGCUGGCGCGGUCCGAGUUCAGUCACUACGGACUCGCCUCCCCGAUCUACACGCAUUUCACUUCGCCUAUCCGUCGCUACGCCGACGUCUUGGUCCAUCGACAAUUAUCCGCCGCUUGUUCUUCCACUCCCUUACACGCGGGUUUACAGACCAAAGCAUUCGUGGAGAAGACGCUGGGCGUGGUGAACAAACGACAUCGAGGGGCUCAACAAGCCGCGAGGGCGAGUAUCGAGUUUUAUGUCGCGUUGGCGAUUGAGGGGAGGGAGACUGCUAGAGUCGGGCAGGGCUUGGGUAAGGUGAGGGCCGAGGCGUUUGUGAUUAGGACGUUUAGGAAUGGGGUGGCUGUGUUUGUUUCGCAGUGAGUUUCUUGGGGGCGGUGUCGAUUGGUUUGAUUGUGGUUGUGCGGUGGAUUGACGAGGUUUUUUUGGUCGUGGUUCUUAGAUUCGGUCUAGAAGGCCUCGUCACCUUCAAAAGGGAGAACGAUUACGAUGCCGAAAAGUACGAGAUCUCGAUCCCGACGUCCAAAGAUGGACAGGACAAGGUGACGAUUGGGGUUUUCGAUAAAGUGACGGUCGAGAUUUCGGUGGAGAAGGAUAAGAAUACGCAGAGGGGCAAGGUGAGGAUGGAGUUGGUCGAACCGGUCGAUUCGAGGGGGAUGUAG